UCAAGGCGGUUAAAUUUAUUAUAAUUUACCUACGAAUAAGGCAUAAUGGCUGGCCAAUUUGGUCGGUAUGACGACGACGAAGAUGAUGUUCUUGCGCCUAAGGAGCCGCAGGUUACGUCCCAGGACCCGAAUGAACGAAAGGCAGGAAGGGCCUUACGUAUCAAACGUAGACAAGAAGCUCUUAAAAGAGCUGAACAACCUACAGAAGAAACAUUUAAAGAGGAAGAACCCGGUCCAAUAGAACAAGCGACGACUGCCGCCGCUGAAGAGCUACAACGCUUGGCUUUAGAUGGUGCGGCCAAAGUCACCAAUGUCAAGGUCACAACCGACGAACGCGAGGUGGUGCGCCGAUCGCUGUUCUCUGAGAAAAUGCAAUAUUCGUUAGAAAAAUUAGAAAUGGAAGCAGCUGAUGCACAGACACAGUACGACGCCAUAACUGCGAACUGGGACGUUAUGUUCGAGAUAAAGGAUCCUCUAGACAUCGAAGCGUCGAUCAAGGAGCAAAAAGGGAAAUGCGACGAGCUUCUGGCGCAAAAGGAUCAGUUGAUCGAUGAGUUGAAAAGUGAUCUUAAGAAAAUGGAUAUGGCUUACUAUGAGGAUUUAGAUAAGCAGGACAAGGAUAUAAAAGAGCUUUCAGACCGGAUCGAAAAGCAAAUCACUAUAAUGCAGAGGGCAUACGAAAAACAGUUGUUUCUGAUAGAGCAAGCGAUAACGAUUGAACGCGAAGUUCUAGUGGAUCACAACAAUAAGCGAUGGGAGGCGCUUUACAAACAACGCGAUAAAGAAGAAGUGGCACAUUUGGAAUAUAAAUUGGAGCAGCUGGAGGAACAUAAAUUGGAAGUUGAAGCGAUUAUGUGGGAUCAUCACGCUAAAUAUCGGGAAGCGAAAAUUGAGCUAGAAACACUGAUACAGGAGCUACAGAAGGAGUUGGAGAAACUAAAAGCGACUUGUGUAAUUAAUACUGAAAAAAUUGGGUACACUUACCAGGUGCUGAAAAAGAGGGAAGAGGAGAACGUUUUUGUGAGAUCGCAACAAAAGAGAAAACUGAACAAGAUGUCCGACAUGGCCAACUCUCUCCGUUCCAAGAUACGUAAAGCUGCUGAAGACGGCGCGCUUGAGGAGAUCAAGGCCGAUGCGGAAAUCGUUAAGUUGAUGCAAGCUAUGGACGAUUUGGAGAAAAAGUGUCGGCACUUCUCUCACGUUAACAACUACAAGUUUAGUCAGGUUUGGCGCAUGUCUGCGGCGCGCUGUGGGGCUUUGAUGCGGCGCGUACGCGUGGCCGAGGUGGCACUACAUGCACACAUUCUGGCAGAGCCGCCGCCGCAGGCACCGCCCCCACCACCGAAGAGUCCCCUUGCUAAAUACGAUGUUCCAGUUAUCAAUCCCAAUGCAUCUGAAGUUAACACUCCAGCAAGUAAGGUAGCAGAAGAGGCUAAAGAAAAUUUGGUUCGACAUAUUCUUCAAUUGGUAGCGGAUAACACAGGUUUCUUGGUGGAAGACCGUUUGUUAAAGCUGAUUGAGAAAUAUCCCUUAACUUCGCGUAAUCUUUGCACCCUGGAUUCUAUUUUUAUGGCUUUGGAGAUCCAAGCCGAAGAAGACAUAGAAUUACUGUGUAAAAUAUUUCUGAAUUACGCCUUUUGUCCAAUAUGCAUUGGUUUGGAAGCAGCUUCGGAUAUUAUGGACGGUUCAACCAUAGCGGCUGGGCAUUCAAUGCAAGAGGAUUCUCAUCACGUCAGCAUUAAUGUCAAGGGAUUGAGAGGGGAACGAUCCUCAACAUCGCGAGCCCGUUCCAGUGUCCACAGAAGCAUUUCCGCGAGCACCACACGUUCCGGCCAUGUUGCUUUUAAGGGACACGAAUUAUCCGCUGCUGAUCAACUACUGAUGGCUGAAGCUGAUGAAAUAAUGCAGAAGUGCGGCGAUCCAAAAGUCAGUUUGGCUACUGCGGAGUCGACCUCGGAAGCCGGUUCGUUGGCGGGUAGACGUGGGCGAGGAGUGACCGUCUCCUCACAGCCAACACUCGUGUCGUCCAAGAAAUCUAAUCCGUUUCUUUGUCCAUUGGGACAUAAUCUAGAAAUAGAAUCUAUGCAAGUUUUGACGGCUUUGAACGAAUUUAUGGCUGUAUUUGUUCCACCUGACAAGCGAAAGCUUUAUGAUAUAUUGUAA